AAGAGAUGGAAUCCAAUGGACAGCAAUGGCGGCGCUCUGUCCAGGUGUUCAGUAUGGGUUAUCUUCACAACAAAAUUAUGGAGAAAAUAGAGACUUAAUUUUUGUUAAAUUGACUGAUUCUGCUUUGCGUGCGAUAGAUGACUAUAUAAAAAAUCAGAACAAAUUUUACAAUAACAAACCGAAGAUCCAGUUCCUAGGGGAAAAUGGGGAACUUUCCUUUCCGUCUUUACAUCAUAGUAUGGGUAGCACUUCCUUCAGAUUUUCCAUGUCGAGCACGGCCGACAUGGAAGGUCAAGGAGGUAGCUUCGAAUGUAUCAAACAGGUAGGACCACCAAGAGGCCCUUUGGAAGGUCUAGGUUCCAUACCGUAUAAAAUUAGGAUUCAUGCUAAUGAUGACGUUUAUGAGGUUACCAGAAAUAGAAUGACUGAAGCUGAAGAUAAAUAUAAAAAUAAAUGCACAAGAGAGAUAAAGCCGAAUCAAACUGAUAUUGGACGUAAAGUGAAGGUGAAGCAAAGCAGAGCAUCAGUUCACCCUGUGCGUAGAGAAAUGCCUUCGAUGCGCGACAGCCUUCUAAAGCAACCGUCUCAACCUUACCAACCUAAACCCUCCAUUGCGCCUCCAUCGCCGGUAUCGGCAGUCCAUUCAUCGACCAACGGCCAUUUGUCCAACGGUCUUGGCAGCAAUCACGUUAGUAGCUCUAGGCCGUUACUCAACGCCGCCAAGAAGCUCUCUGUUCCAGAAAUAAGACGUCCUCCUAAUUCUCAAAUUUCUAGCCGUAAACCGCAAACUUUAACACCACCGGGAGGUGGUGGUAGUGAUGGUGGCAGCUCGGGUAGCGGUCAAUCUCCCACCAGCACACUACCAGGAUCGCCGCCCCUUAUUUCUACUACAUCGACGGGUAACAAACGACCUGGAUAUCACGAGGGGUCCGAUGGAUUUUCAUAUAAACGACAACGUAUCGCCCACAACGCACCCAAACAUCACCCCGACCAAUUGUACCACCAACCAGUGGAAAAUAACAGUCAAAGGAGACCGGUGACUGAUUCUAGAGAUUCCAGUAAUAUGAAUCCUCGAAGUAGGGAAUCUCCUUCUGGUGGUGGAAUCAGUGGAAAUUCAGGUGGUGGAAACGGUAACUAUGGGCUUGUCAACGGACACUCUAAUAAUUUAACGGCGCUGGAUGUUAAAGUUAAACGUGAUUCGAGUGAUGAUGACGACGACGAUGAUGAUGAGGUUGGAAAGAGAGCAUGUGAUAGUCAUUUCGAUGUAAGCCAAGAAAAGACAUUCGUCGAUAAUCGUAGCGUAUCUCCGGCCGUGAAAAUGGUCGAAGUCGAUAAAUGGGAUCGAGACAAACUUACCAACGAAAGACAAAACGGUACAAUGAAUCGAAUAACGAACGGUAUCAGUCCGACUCAGCAUUAUCAGACGAGGCCUCAGUACGUUCCAACGGAAAGAACAGCUGUCAAAAAUCAUACGAACGUCACUUCUUCGACGGAAAAUAGGAUAGCCAGAGUUAGCCCCGAUAGUCAGACGGAAGGGUUGCCUAAUGGCGAUAUAGACGCAAACUUUAACAAUGAAAACGAAGACGAAUUUCCUGAUUAUAAAAAAGAAUAUGUGACAAUCCGAGACGCUGAACAAAGAAGGCGGUAUAAAGCAGAUUUCAAUGCUGAUUAUACAGAGUAUAGGGAUUUGCACAGUAUUGUUGAAAAAGUUUCUAGAAGGUUUGCUCAGUUAGAAGAACGCCUAAAAAAGGAAGAAGAAAAUAGUCCAAAAUUUAAAGACGUGAAAAAGCAGAUAGUUCGAGAAUACCAAGAAAAUAAAAAGAACAUGAACCAUCAACGAGCGAAACGACGGUUUCAAUAUCUGCACGAGAAACUGUCGCAUAUCAAAAGACUAGUUAUGGAGUACGAUCAAGAGAUGACGGACUCCCGGUACUGACGCUGGGUGCAGGUGGCCGCUGGCCCCCCAAAUGCCCUACUGCCUUUCUACGGACAUUCUCAAAGAGGACAUCACGAAAUGUAUAAAACAAAUCAUAUUUUCUUAUUCGUUUAAACAAUUUCUUAUUAGUGCAAUUGUUUUUGUUUGGAGUUGCGCGACCACAGUUCGAUCUGACAAUUUUUUUGAGCCGAUUGAGAGUAAACAGAAAAAUAUACUGGUCGCUUUGUUGAUGGUUCUUUUCGUAUAUUCCGUGUACACGAUUUUUGAUUAAAAAUAGGAACACUUGCCGAUCUACAAAUGCUUGAUAAUCUUUUAUGUAAUUUUGAACGAAAAAAAAAGUGGGUUAGAAGUUAGGGGUCGAAAAUUCUAGAUGCUUAUACGGGAAGAUAACUGUACAUAUUGAAUAUUUCUUCUUCUCAACCGCAGGACUAAUGGAAGUAUUUCUUCUUCUCGAGAAACGUCAUUACAUUUAUGGAAGUACUUCCUGUUUUUAAUAUUAUUUAUUUUUUUCUGUAUACAACAUUUAUAGGUAAAGGAUUUUUUUUUGGUAUCUCAUCUGUCGUUUGUUUGUCCAUAUAAAGAAGUUGUCGUUGCCAAAAAACAAUUUCGGGACCUUUUACAUUAUGUUAUUUGGGCAAAUUUAUUUUUCCGAGUGAUAUGAAUAGUGUGCAAGUCUUAGGGUGGUUUCAGGUGGAGAAUGUAUACAUUUUUUACUCAUUUAUUUGUAUCUGUGAUUGUAGGUAUACAUGACAGUUUGGAAAACAUUUGAUCAACUCUUUUUGUAUUACCGAUUGGUGUGUUAUGAUAGCUUCUUAGUGUUUUCUUUUUACCCGGUAUGGAAAAUAACAGAAUGGAAAGAGAAAGAAUAAGGGAAAAGAUCAAUGUGAUGUAAAGAUUAAAAACUUUUUUUUCGACUUCUGGCAUAGAGCAAUGGGUUUGUAAAUAAAUUGCCUCGAUAAAGGUAACAAGUUUUCUUAAGUAGUUGAAAUUGUAUUGGUUUUAUGUUAUUUUCGUAUUUUUAGAAAAAUUUCGUUAUUUUUGAUUGGUUAGUGAUAAAUUAAUUUUUUUAUAGUCUAAUUACUACAUGUUCAUCUCUAUUUGUAUUUUUAGAUACAUUGAGAAUUGAAAUGAAAAAAAAUUGCGACGAUUUUUUUGUCGAUUUAACAAACAAAAACUAAAGUAGAUCAUUUCACUGUUAAAAGAUAAUCAAGUAUAAAUAAACCAAGGUAUGGAUGACGAUUUAACAAAGUUUACUGUACAAUUUUGUUAGAUAUUUUGUUUUGAUUUUGUGAAUGCUUUGAUGGUACAUUCCAUUUUUUUGUGCCAAUAGGACAAGUGUUUUUAUUAUGCCAUGUUGAUAUUUUUUAAAGAAAACCGUUCAGAGCGAUAAAAUCAGUGUUUUAUAAUAAUUAGACAUCAUAGAAUCACAAUUAAAUUGUUUAUUGAGUCACCAGUAAAAUUUUAGUGGCAUAAAUCAUCGAUUUUAAUUCUCGAUGCUUUAAAAGCUAUUAGAUUGUGUAGAUUAAUGCCUGUUAAAUUGUAGUGGCAUCUGUCAAUUGAUUUUUGAUAUCAGGAUUCCUUCCUGAUACUUUUGAAUCCACUAAAUUGGGAAGUAAGUCCACGAUAAAAUUAUAGUAACAUCUGUUAUUUAUGAAUUGAUCUUCGACGUCAAGAUUUUUUUCUGUGUAGCUAUUCGAUUAUGUAUAAAAUUAUAAUGUCAUUUGGCAUUUAGAUCAUUUCCAAUUCUUCCAAAUACUUAUAAAUCUAUUAGAUAGUGAAUAAUUAUUUCCUAUAGAAUAAUUGAUGCUUUUAAAUUUACUAGAUUGUGUAUAAAAUUGACAUGUUAAUCUCUCCCAAUUGUUCCUGAUACUUAUAAGCAAUAAAAUGUUGGGUUUGUUGUUUACUGUAGAAAUCCUGAUGCUUUUAAUUGGUUUUGUGUGAUUUCUAAUGCUUAUAAAGCUAGGGAAUUGUUCAUUAGACAUCUAAAUUGGUUCCUGUUUAAUUUCUGAUACCUCAAAGAUAUUAGAUUGUGUAUAAAAUAAUAUUUUCAUUUGUCUAUAUUUUUUUAGCUAUCAAGAUUACUCCCAAUCGUUCCUAAUACUUAUACAACAAUAAAAUGUUGGAUUUGUUGCUUCCUGUAGAAUUCCUUAUGCUUCUAAUUUGCUCUGGUGUGAUUUCUGAUGCUUUUAAAGCUAGUGAAUUAUUCAUAAGACAUCAAAAUUGGUUUCUAUCCAAUUUAUGAUGCCUAUAAGCGUUCUUGAUACUUAUAAAGCUAUAAAAUGUUAAGAUUUGUUGCUUACUGUAGAAUUCCUGAUGCUUCUAAUUUAUUUUGGGUGAUUUCUGAUACGUUUAAAGCUAGUAAAUUGUUCAUUAGGCAUCAAAAUUGGUUCCUGUUCCAAUUUUUGAUGCCUCAAAGUUAUUAAAUUGUCUAUAAAAUUACAUUUUAAUUUUUUUACCAUUUUUUUGGUAUCAAGAUUCCUCCAAAUCCUUCCCGAUUCAUUCAAAGUUAUUAAAUAAUGGACAUCAAAAUUGCUUCUUUUCAAAUUUCUGAUGCUUUUAUAUUUACAAAAUUGUAUAUAAAAUUGAAAUGUCAUUGGUUAACACUUUUUUGGCAUCGGGAUUACUUCCUAUCUAAAUCCUGAUGACUUUGAAGCUAUUAGUGUGUGCAUUAGACAUUAAAAUUAAUUGAUAUUUAAUCCCUUGUGUCCCAUAGCUAUCCUAUUGUGUAUAAAAUUAUAUUUUAAUUCGUAUACCACGUUUUUAGUAUCGAAAUUAUUUCUAAUCCAUCCUUAUUCUUUUAAAGCUAUCAAAUAGUAGAUUAGACUCAAAAUUGCUUUCUGGUUGAUUCCCGAUGCUUUUAAAGUUACUAUAUUUUGUAUAAAAUUGAAUUGUCAUAUGUUAACCCUUAUUUGGUGUCAUACAGAAUUCCUGAUGCUUGUAAAUUUACCAUAAAGUGUAUAAAAUUGAAAUGUCAUCGGUUAAUCCUUACUUGGCAUCAAAAUUACUUCCUAUCUCAAUUCCUGAUGUCUUUAAAGCUACUGAGUUGUUCAUUAUACAUCAAAAUUGCUUCCUGUAGAAUUUCUGAUGAUUUAAAAUUCACUAGAUUAUGUAUAAAAUUGAAAUGUCAUAGGUUAAUCCUUUGUUGGCAUCAAAAUUACUUUCUAUCUCAAUUCCUGAUGUCUUCAAAGUUACUGAAUUGUUUAUUAAACAUCAAAAUUGGUUCCUAUUCAAUUUAUGAUGCUUUAAAGCUAUUAGAUCAUGUAUAACAUAUUUUCAUAUGUCUACCAUUUUUUAUGUAUCAAGAUUACUUCCAAUCCUUCCUAUUACUUUUAUAACUACUUAAUUGAGGAUUAAAAAUUAAAGCCAUUAUAUCGUGUAUUAGAUAUCAAAAUUGCUUCCUGCCCAAUUCCUGAUACUUUAAAAGCUAUAAACUGGUGGGUUGUGCAUCAAGUUUGCUUCCUCUGUAUUGAUGCUUCUAAAGCCAUUAGAUCUACAUCUGUCAUCAGUAAUUUGUGUUUUUGAUGUUAGUAUGAUCUUGUGGAUAAAAUCCAGAACGGCACAUUAAUAUUGCUCAAUUAAGGACAUAUCGAAUGGCUUCUUAAAUAGCAAACGGUUUCUUUAAAAAAGUUAACAUUUCACAUUUCUUGCCAGAUUGAUUCUGGUGGAGGUAAAACUCGUUUAAAAAUAGUAUUCUAAAUUGUUUUCCUUUAUUGAGAAGAAUACUGUUGAUAAAAAAUUAAAUUAUAUAUAUAUUAUAUAAAAAAUGUGUUUUUGAUAUUUAUUAAAAAAAAACAAUCUCGUCCAAAAUAACUAUAGCCUCUAUAUUUCGCCUAUUUUUUUUGAGAACUAUUUAAAAUGUUGCACUAGAUUUUUUUCAUUUUAGAAAAGAAAAUCUUUUAGAUAGUUCAUCGAAAACAAAGAUAACUUAUAUUCUAAAAUAUAUAAUCAAUUUUACCCAGAGAGAUUUUUUUGUUGUUGUUUGUAAGCAGCUGUGGAAGUUAUUGACUCAAAAUAAGCUGUUAGUUGAAAAAUUUCGUUUUACUUGUAGUCAUGAUGAGUAUAAAUAAUCUGAGCUUAUAUUGAUUUCCGGAAAGAUGAUAAAAAUGAUGGAGUGAAAACGUAACGACACGAUAAAAAAAUGCAUUAUUAUUUUAGAAAACUGAGCUAAGGAUUUUUUUUAUUCUCCUUCUGAUUUAAAAUUACUUUCUUUUAUAACUUUUUAAAGAAUAAUAUUGUUAAAAGAUAUUUCUAUUUUGAUUUUAUUCUUAUUCUGGUAUUCAUGAUGAAGGUGAUCUAUUGAUUAAUAUAAAUAACCAAAUUGUCAGUGUCAAUAUCGUAUUUUGAUAAAAACUAAAAGAAGUCGAAACGUCAAGUUUUCAUGUUUUUAAGAAAUCAUUUUAAAUCAGAAAAGACCUAAAAUUAAGAACAUACAUGGUCGACUUUUUUUGCAAUAAAUGAUUUGAAAGACUGUAACUAAUUAUAUAUUAUUAAUAACAUUAAGUCGUUAAGUAGUUGUUGAAAAAAAGGAAGCUCUAAUGUUUUAUUUCCAGUGUAUAUAUUAUCAUUUCUCGUGUAGACAUUUGAACAUAACCAUUGCUUUCUUCUAAAUACUUGUUCAUGUACUUUGAGAUGUAGAGGUUUAACUAAGUUUAACCAAGAUUUUAGGACUUGCUUGGUUGUAUUCGAUCCCUAUCUUUCAGACUGUUUUCAACAGUAUCCUCCCACUUUACAUGGAGUUCGUCAUAAGCUCAUGGAUCACAAGAUCCUUGCAUUCUAAAUGAACCAACUGUGAUGCACUUCUUAAACGUAGGUUUAGAUCGGUUUUAUAUCAGGAAUCGAGUCAACCCUUUCGAUUUCGUGAAUGGAUCUCACUUCUGUAGGUUGUAAUCGAUGAAAAUACUUGGUGAUAAAAGCCCACGACUCAGCACUGCAUCAUAAGGUGGUUAAGUAGACUAUGCAAUCUCCUAAAUUCUUUAGAAACUACUUAGAAGGUGCAAACACACAUAAAAAGGGUAUUGGUGGGAUUUUGACUAAUUUUUGCAAUCAAUAUACCUAAUAAAAAACAGUAAAAAUAUUUUCUUAGAUACUCAGUUUGUAGUUGUCCCCUUUGAACAGACAAAAGAUCGAAUUUCAAAUAAUUUAUCCAGUUUUGAAAUUUACUUUCUUCUAAACUCUUCGAUAAGGUUUAGGAUUUGAUUAUCCUGGUUUCUAGUGGUUGGCAGAUCAGAAGUAUAAGUUAGAUCCUUGUCGUAUCCCUGAUUUGAUUGGAUGUUUAUUUAUCUUGGAAGUUAAUUUUUGAUUAUGUAUAACAACCCUUUGUGCCAAACCUUAUCAAAGGCUUGUAUGGGUAAUAACCUUAUUGGACGAUAUGAUGUUAUUUCAUAUUAUUUUGGAAACCUUCAUUAUUUCCAUUGGAGAGGAAAAAGAUAUAUCCUAAGUUCUGCGUUGCUGAUAAAUUGAACGAAUUUGAAUCCCUUAAUUGGUAUUUCUUGUAACACACUCUCCGUUAUGAAUUCUUUGUGGUUUUUGUACAGGUUUAUCUAUAACUACAGCGUUGUUUUUUGGUGAUACAAAUAUUAUAUUUUCAGAUAAAAAUAGUAGAUGUAACUUUUGGAUAUUAUCCGCUCAGCUAUUCUGAUCGAAAUAUAACAGUGUCGUGUUGUACAUAACCUCACAUUUUCACUUCAAUGGGGGCUACAGUUUUUAUUUCCACCAGCGAGCGAGGACUUUCAAUGUAAUUGUCCAAAUUUAUUAUUAAACCUUCCUAUUAAUGUAAAAGGGAAGAUACAAGUUAAUCGAUAUACAAAAUUAACGCAUCUGGUGGUAAAUUAAAAUUCUGUACCUCUAAUUUGUGAGAUGAAUGUUGUUUUAUGUAAGCUCUGAUUUAAAUAAACUCCAAAUUUGUGUCAAUUUAUCGAUAGUGCCAAUUCUUAAUUAUAAUCACCAAAAAAAAGUUGUGAUUGAUUGUGUUUUGAUGGUAAUACUGCAUGUUUUGUUAAUAAAAAUUACAUCCUCAGAUAUUUAGGUUAUAUUUGUUGAAAGAAUCUUCGAUUUCUAUGUAUUAUAUAUUAGUUGAAAAGAAAUAUAAAUACCCACAUAAACAUAUGCGGACUGAGGGUAAAAAAAUUUUUGUCUCGUAUUUGCUUAUUAUGAAUUUAUUUCAAAAUAGUAUAAUCUCAUAUAUAUAUAUGUCGGCCCGCGUGUGAGUUAAAACUAGAUUGUAAGCUUAUUUAGGAAUUGGAAUUAUUAUAUAAGAUUUAUCAAUUGUUAAAGUUGGUGCAUUAUUAAUCAUCUUAAAUCACAACACUAUAAACUUUUAUCACAAUAUCCGUGGGUACUUCGUGUAUCCUUUUGGUCCAUAAGAUUUAUACUUCCACUGUUUUUUCGGUCGCUUUAUUUUCUUAUCGAUCUCCAUCAUUUUGGUUGUCUCUUUAUACAUGAAGGUGCUGACAUGUGGAAAGUUUAACCGAAAUUUAAAAAAAAAUCGAUCUACGGUUAGAUAGGAUUUUUUUUCAAUUCCUAAAUUUAAUUACAGAAUUCGUUUAUUGGAAUUUUUACUCGCAAGUUAAUCGGUAUUGUGCCUGUGGAGACUUCCAAGUCCACGGUGCUGUUUCACUUUAUACUAAAAGAAAACAUCCAACAGGUUGGUAGUAUUGAUCAGUUGGAAAAAAAUUAACUACAAUGGCAAACUUUUUUGAUCAAAUUAGAGUAAGAAAAGGUGCUUCCACAACGUUUUAUAAUAUUUAUAUUGAUUAACAGAAGCCAAUUUCAAUAAGACAUUAAAAUAAGGUUAUUAGAAACUUCUAUUAUAAACAAUCUGCAAAAAGCGAAGAAAAUCUUUGAAAUAUUAUUGUAUACUGUUUUAUUUCCAAUUCUAAUCAUUCCUAUCGAAAUGCAGUGACCAUGGAAUAUUUUCUAGUACUAAAGUGACAUACUAAAAAAAUAUAUUCAAACAAAAAAAUGCUAGGAGCUUUUUCAAAGAUAUAGAAAAUUAUUCACAGUCAUUAUAUAUAUAAAAAAAUAACAUUUUUCUCAAUAUUUGUAUAAGGGAAUUUUUAGAGAAACUGAUUUUGAUUGAGAUUCAGUUGUAUACAAAGAUAACUAAUUGGAAAACACUUGUAUGCAUUUCAGAAAAGCAUUACUGAUAGUUUCCAAUAUACAUAGAGUUCAUCAUGAUAUGCCCUGUAUACAUUUCGUUUUUAUCGCACUUGUCAAUAAUUUUAUUACAUAUUAACAUCAGUUAUUUUAAAUUUUUUAAUUAUUCAGAUACGUGCCUUUUUAUUGGGCAUAUAAAGUGGAAAAAUAACUGAAAUAAUUUUAAUUUUGAAUAAUUUUCUUUUUAAUCAGUAUCAAUUCAUUUUCCAUUUGAAGUAAAUGUAACAAUCAGUGUAGAAACAAUGUCAUAUAGAUCACUACUUCCAUUAUAAAUCACAUCUUUGGUACUUGUAGAUUAUUUGGAAAGUCGUUUUGGCUUUCCAAUCGCUCUAGAGGUUUUUAAAGUAAUUUCCCAAUGUGUUAGACCAACUCCUUUGGGAUACUUAAGUCAUUUGCUGAAAUGGACAGAACAAUCGCAGAGUAGAUACUAUACAGCAUCAAUUAUAUUGCUCGUAAACUCUCCUGUACCAAGUCUAUUAUCUUAAGAUUGUAUUCCGCUUGUCAGACUGACCACUAGUCUAAUAUCGUUUUUGGAUAUCUCGAAAUGUUCCUCAGACCUUUAUGGUUAAGAAUGUUUUGAAUUGUCUUAGACUCUAUAUGAUCCUUUAGCAAUCCAUUAUGUUUGUGGUUCAAAUGACAUCUCGUGAGGCUACAAUAUGGUUAAGUCCAAAAAUCACUUUCUGCUUCCUCAUUGUCUGGUGGUUUGAUAGCUUUAUCAGAGUUACUUCAUUUCUGUUAGCCGGUGUUUUUAUAUAUGUUUACACUCCUAUGCUAGCUUGGGUGUGCAUUUAAUAAUUUUCAGUACUUUCAAGGGCACUUGGUUAUCAGAUAUAAUAUUAAUGUACUUUCUAGUGACCACAUAAGUUUAUUUCUAACAAUUUUGCCUGAAAAAUAUUGAUUGAGUCUUAGUGAUAUGGAUUUUGGUCCAAAAAUACUCUUACAUUAGCAUCAAAUCAUCUGUAUACCAGAAAUAUUCAUUUCGAGUUUACUGAAGAUCUUUAUUGACCUAAGAUUUGUGGUAAUUGAUUACUAUUUCAAAUGGGAUACCUAUGUCCAACAUAUUAAACAUAUUUGUUUCAAAAUACUACAAAAGCAAAUGCAUAACUUUUUACCCUAGUUUUCCUGAAAUAUCCUAUAAAAAAUAGUUUACUGCGAAAAAUCAAAUCAAUACUGUAGAGUGGAUGAUCACUGGCUCCCAGCCAAAUUUCAUCAAAACAGUUACUGUGUGUCAAGGAGCGGUAAGCAGGUUUCUUGUUUUAAAUGACACUCUACAGCGUUUACUGUUUCAACCAAGUGAAUUGGCAAAAUACCUUUCCUAUAACCAGAGAAUCGUGCACAUCUCUUUCUGAACCUACAGCCUGUUUGAAUUUCGUCCUGACCAUAGAUCCUCUAUGCUUGUAAAUCAUAGAUUGCUGCUUGGCUUCUUCAAGUACUUAUUUCGGAACAAUGAGUGAUGUUCUAGUGUCUAGUUUUUCCUUUUCCACAUAAUUUUUGCCCCAAUAUCUAGUCAAUUUCUGUUAGGCAGUGUAUAUAUAGCUUUUGGUGAAAAUCUUCCAUAUUAGAUGUAUAUUUAUUUUGAACAAUCAAUGUCUCUCUUUUUUAUUGCAAAUUUUAAAAGAUCAACUUCAAAUCUUGGAUUUGGUUGAAAUAUUUUAUGAAAUUGAGUAGCAUAACCUCAACAAAAUACACUUUAAUUUUUUUUUGUAAUGAUUUUUACUUACGGGUAAUUUUCCAACUAUCUAUACUGUUCAACUGUUAGAUGUGGAUAUGAACUGGAAAAAAAUGUUAAUUUGAGUUUUACGAACAAGGUGUAAUGCCGAGGCUGUUGGACCUGUUUCAAUGUUUCAUUAUUACUAUUAUUGAAUUUUAGUUUGUACAUACUGUAUAUUUUCAGUUGACAUUUUGUGACAUUCUCAACAGAUUCGAGAGUGAAUCUAGUUGUAUCUUGUUUAACUAUAAUUGAAUUUGAUGUUUUGUUUUUGACAUACGUGCAUAUAUUUUUUUGCUUAAUUUUUAAAUUAAUAGCAAUACACUUCAUAGUAGUGAUGUAAAUUUUUUGGAAUUGAAUAUUAAUAUAUAUUAUACGCGAAC